AACUACAAUAUAAUGUACGUGCGUUGUAAAAAUAAGAUAAAAACUCUUAGUCAUUGGUGUUAGGACGAGUAUCCUUCCAUUAUGGAUAUACUAAUUUUUCUUUUUUGUAGAAAUGAGAAAAGAUAAAAAAUUACAGCUUGAAAUAGCAGUAAAAGUAAGUACAGAGUAGGAGUAAAUUAAAAUCAAUGAAUAUUACGCAUAUUUCCUAGACCAUUUGGUUUCCAAUUUUCCAUAAGCCUGUUUAACUUCCACUGCUGAUAAGUGAUUACCAUUCACUUACAUUUUCUAUAAAAAGUUAACAAACAGUUAAUCACAAAUUAAGCAUCAUCUUCAUCUUCAUCUUCAUCUUCAUCUUUGUCUUCUUAAGUGUUUACCUAGCAUGUAAGUUAUGCUAACAAACAGUACCUUUUGCUUUUAUUCUUAUAAUUUGCCUUUCUCUUUAAUUUGUAGGAACAUUUUGCUUGAUUAAGAGUUUCACUCCAACUCAACAUCAACCUCAGGUUGAUCAUUGGUAUUUGGCAAUAUGGACAAGUCUACUAGACAAAACAAAUUGGAAGGGGCGAGCACAGGUUUACUAGAUUUGGUGUUUUCUUGGUCCUUGCGCGACGUCCUUAAUAGGAAUCUUUACAAGGAUAAGGCGAAGCGUAUUCCAAAUGUGUUUUCAUCAACUAGUGAGUACACAAAUGCGUUCAAAAUCCCACUCGUGGAGGAAACUCGAGCGAGUUUAUGCUCAGGAAUGGAAUCAGUAGGCAAUGCCCCUGCUUGUGAGAUUUCACGUAUCGAGUUCUCCAAGGAUUACAAGCCUCCUAAGGAGUUUUAUUACAACAUUUUGACCAAAAAAAUUACAGAUUUCAAGAACAAUGGAGGACAUUAUGAGCCUGAGGCAGGGGACCUCAUUGUUCUUUCAAAUACCAAGCCGCGAAAGAUUGAAGAUUUGAAUAAGCCUGGAGAAACCUUUGUUAUUGCCUUGGUUGCUACAAUGGAAGAUGAUUCUGAUAUGACUCGAAUUCUCACAUCCAAGGAGAUUGAUGGUUCGAAAUUACUACCUAAGGGGGUUAAGGUUGAAAAGGGUGUAAGAGUUUUUGUCACUUAUUUGAUCAACUUGAUAACGAAUAUGAGGAUAUGGAAAGCAUUGAAUCCUGAACCUCAAGGUGUGAGUAUGGACCUUGUUCUUAAGGUUCUUCAGCCUACUUCUUAUGCAGGUGAGGAUUGCACUAUAUGCGUCUCUCGUGGGGAAUUUAGCAAUGUGGAUUCAAGUGUGCGAGGGGCAAUGGAUUCUUUAAAGUUAGACGAGUCACAAAAAUCUGCUGUUUUUAGCAGUAUUUUGAUGAGAAAAUGCUCACAUCAGAAAGACAAUGUGAAGCUCAUAUGGGGUCCUCCAGGGACAGGGAAGACGAAAACAGUUGCUUCGCUUUUAUUUUCACUUUUCAAAUUGAAAUGCAGGACCUUAGCUUGUGCUCCGACUAAUAUAGCAGUUCUUCAACUCACGAAAUGGCUUAUGGGGAUACUGUCAGAGUCUCUCAAGUAUGAUACUUAUGGCUUGGGUGAUGUAAUUCUGUUUGGAAAUGGUGAGCGAAUGAAGGUGGAUGAUCAUGAUGAGCUCUUAGAUGUGUUUUUGGACUAUAGAGCUGAAGUCCUCUCUAAAUGCCUUUCACCUGUAGAUGGCUGGAAGCAUACUUUGGAUUCAAUGAUAUCUUUACUUGAACUUCCUGAAGAGCAAUACCGAAAAUACUUGCUAGAUAGAGGGGUACGCGAUGAUAAGGAGGAUGAAAAUGAAGAUGGCAAUGAAAGUGAUGAUGAUGCUAAGGGUAAAGGGUGGAAGAGGGAUGAAAGAAGAAAGCACUGGAAAGAUGUCAUUGAUCAAUCGAUGAAAGGAAGCGACAAGAACAAGAAGGGUCGAAAGGAUAAAUCUUAUGAUAAGUUGUUUUCAUUCCAAGAGUUUGUGGAGAAUAGAUUCUAUUCUAUUGGAGAACGUUUAGGUUUCAUGAUGAAAAAUCUAUACACACACCUACCAACAUCAUUCAUUACAUUGGAUGCAGUAAAGAGCAUGAUUAUCCUGCUUGAUCUACUCAAAAUCCUUCAAGAUGCAAGAGGAAGAGUUGAUCAUAACCAUAGAUUAACUAUGAAGAGAGAAGAGUUUCUUCAAAUUCUUAAGUCUCUUCCUGAGCAAUUCAAUCUUCCAAUCUUAUCGUUUUCAGACAUACAAACAACCAAGAAUGUCUGCUUGAAAAAUGCUCAGUUGAUUUUCUGUACUGCCUCGAGUUCUGCAAAAAUGCAAACUGAGGGCAUGGAACCAGUGGAAAUGUUGGUCAUUGAUGAAGCUGCUCAGCUUAAAGAAUGCGAGUCAUUGAUUCCUUUGCAAAUCCCAGGUCUCAAGAAUGCAAUUUUGAUUGGGGAUGAUAAGCAGCUGCCAGCAAUGGUUCAAAGCAAGGUUGCUGAUAAUGCUGAUUUUGGAAGAAGCCUGUUUGAAAGGUUAAAAAAAUUAGGCCAUAACAGCCAAUAUGUGAAUUACAAGGAUAGUGGUUUCUCAGUGAGUGUUCGUUCUGUUGAUGGAUUUCAAGGCGGAGAAGAGGAUGUAAUUAUAAUCUCAACUGUUCGAAGCAAUGGAAAUGGAUCAGUUGGCUUCCUAUCCAAUCAUCAAAGGACAAACGUAGCCCUAACCAGAGCAAGGUUCUGUCUAUGGGUAGUAGGGAAUGGAACCACAUUAAUGAAAAGUGGAUCUGUGUGGAAGGAGCUUGUGACUGAUGCAAAAAUACGAGGGUGUUUCUACAAUGCAGAUGAGGAUAAAGAUCUUGAUAGAGCAAUGACAGCAGUAGUAGUCGAUACAGAAGUUGAUCUUGCAGAGUCUUUGACAAGAAAGUUGGCUGCAGUUAAAAUAAGAGACCAUCAAGGAGAAUCAAGUUCCAUAUUUAGAAACAGUUUCGAGUCAAAAAAGGAAAAUGGAAGUUCCGUGAUUGGAUACAGAAGAUGGUGAUUGAACAAGAUUGUAAGGAGGGUUAUUUUCAUGGAUCAUUAACAAACGCGAAGGCAUGUAGCUUUAUGUCAAAUGUACUUCCAUUUUUUCCCCUGUCAAAGAAUUGUAACUUGUUACAUGCCUUAAUUUAGACUCGUUUUAUAUAAGGUAGAAAGUCGAACUGAAAUCUGGCCUUCAACUUGCUAAAACAUUGUUAUUUGUUUGAACAAUCUGUAAUGUCAGACGUUGCAACUGUUGAUUUGAUUAAGUUGCAAUACUUGCUGUUGAUGAUCAGCCUUGUUUUGCAAAUACAGAGUUUGCAGAUAUGCCGAAUUUUCCUUGGAUUGGAUU